CGCUGCCACCCCGGCACCGCCGCCCUGACACUGCCACCGCUACCCUGGCACUGCUCCCCCGGCACCGCCGCCCUGACACUGCCACCGCUACCCUGACACUGCCACCUUCACCCCAGCACUGCCACCGCUACCCUGACACUGCCACCUUCACCCCGGCACCACCACCCUGACAGCCCUGGGGGGGCUAGUGGCAACCGAAGGGCUGUGAGGGGCUCUGACGGGCCGGAGUGUGAGCACCAGGAGGAGCCAGCCCCGUGUUGGUGUCGCAGCGGUGUGACCUCGGCGAGGAGCUGCCAGUGCCGGCACGGGUUCAAGUGGCAGCGGGAUCUCCAGAGCAAAGAGAGCUGUGGGUGCUCCCAUGGCAGGACAGCCCCUGCCUGGGCAGCAAGGUCCUCUCCAGGCUGGGAACCCCCUCUGGAUUUAGCGCUUCAGGCACGAUCCCGGAUGUGAGGCCAUGCCCGUGUGGAGUGAGGAGCUCUGUGCAGUGCCCCCACGUGCUGCAGCCUCAGCCUGGCCAUGGAGAGCCCAGAGGUGGAGUCGGACAUCCUGCGGCGGGUGCGGGCGCUGCUGCGGGAGCUGGACGGGCACCACCCGUCCUGCCAGAGCGACCGAGGAAUGCUGCGAUGGACCCUGCACAAGAAAAUCGACCAGAAUCCCAGCACCAGCUGUGUCCUGGUCAGGAUCCUGGUGAAGGAGCUGGAAAGGGCAGAGCGAGGGGACCUCCGGCACUACAUCAUCCCCCUGCUGCACACGCUGAUGUACACCUUGAUACAGGCUCCCUGCAUCCCUGACGAGCUCUGUGCCAGGGUUUAUGACUUCUGCAAGAGGCUGCUGACCCUGCCCAAGCCCUUCUGCACCAUUGGGCUGGCCUAUGCCAGCAGGCUGAAGGUGGAGAGGACAGCCCCAGGAACCUUGUACCAAAGGAUGGUCAUCUCCGAGCAAAGCCUGCGCAGCGCCCCGUACCCCUACCAGGAGAGGAUUUUCAUCUUUGCUGACCCAGAGCUGCUGCCCGAGGCCAUCUGCACCGCCCUGGUCACCGACACCGAGGCGGCCCGGGUGUCCCAGAGCCCCCGGGGCUGCAUGAGCUGCGUGGUCACCCACGCCCUGCAGGCGGCCCUGGGUGACACCUGCGACAUCCACGGCCUCAGGGCUCGACUCCAGGCCCUGCCCCCGGGGGACGUGGAGCACUGGUUCCAGCAGGUGGUGGCGGCCGUGGAGUGUGCGGGGAGCGAGGGGGGCUCGGAGCGGGGCCAGCACACAGCCAGGCUGGAGAGGAUCUACCACGGCCUCCUGGGCUCCCUGCCCGCAGGGAAUGCUCCCCAGGAAGGGCUGCAGGGGACCCCUCUGCCCAACCCCAACAUCAGCUUCCACCUGUGGACAGAAGAUGAGCAGCUCUGGAAGGAGCUGGUGCUGUUCCUCCGCCCGCUGUCGCAGAGCUGCGAGCCCGACUGCCUCGGGCAGGACCUGGACCCCAUCGAGAUCCAGGACAUCCUCCCGGACUGUGCCUGCUGCGGGCAGAGCCGCUUCUCCGUGCUGUCCACCGACAGCGGCAUCGAGCGGGACCUGCCCGCCCAGGAGGAGCCGUGCGCUCCCUGCGCCGCGGACACCGAGCACUCCCGGCUCCACAGGAAGGGGGGCAUCAAGAAAAAGCUGUCCCCGCUGGACAGCGUGGCCUUCCUGCAGGCUGGCAGCGGUGGCCCCGGGGGGAAGUCCCCCGGGAAGCUGCCCAGGAGGUCGGGAAUGCCCCCGGAGCCCGCGGCCCCGCUGCAGAGGCUGCACACCGCCCGCGUGGUGCUGCUGGGGGACGACCGCAUCCUGGGGCGCCUGGCACAAGCCUACCACUCCCUCAGGAAACGGGAAACCCGGCGAGUGUUCCUGACGCCCAGGCUGAACCUGCAGUUCUACCACAUCCCCGUGGUGCCGGGGCAGCCGCACCCCUCGGCUGCUGCGGACCACGCUGGCCCCGAGGAGCUGUGUGAGGUGGCCGGGUACCUGGGCAGAGCCGACCCCUGGUACGAGAGCAACAUCAACACCCUGUGCCACAUGAUCCCCAAGCUGGCCACCAUGCCAUCGUCGCCGAGCAGGGCCCUGGUGACCGACCUGUUCCUCACCGAUGUCAUCGCCUACUACGCCCGCAUGGGCACCCAGCCCGUCUGCUUCCAGGUGCACGCUGUCAAGGUCCUGUUCCGGGACCCGGCGCAGGAGCCGGCCGAGGACGUGUUCCUCACGGAGCUGCUGACGCAGGUGCAGGACAGCCCUUCCCACAGAGAGCUGAGCACAACCAAGAGGAAAACCACCCUGGAUGGCCCUGGCAUCGACCUCACAGUGACCUACAGGAAGGUUGUGCUCAGUGACCGGGAGAAGGAGCUGGCCCUGGCCCUGCGCUCCACGGGCCUGCUGAUGAAAGCCAUCCCCGCUGACGAGGCUGCAGGGCGGGGCUGUCUGAGCGUGACCAUCACCGAGAUCGUCAGGAUCAACAACCUGGCAGGACGGUCCUUCUCAGCUGUGGCAAACAGGUUCAAAACACGGAAUAUCAAGAUCAGGAGCCCAGAGCAGAGACCCUUCACCGUGCGGCUGGACAAGGACAGCAGGAGAACCUACAGGGACGUGAUCGGCCUGGAGGUGUCUCCCUGCCUCGAGCCCAGCUACUGCCUGCAGAAGACAAGGACCAUGAAAUGCAGCCCUCACGAAACAGAAGAUGUGGGGCUUGUGAAAUACCUGCCCAAGUCUCUGCUGCUGCCCAUCAACACUUUUGCGGGAGUCAUCCAGUGAAGGAAAGGGGAAAAAGGUGGUGUGAGUUAUGACACGGGGUUAUGAGAGGAUGCGGGGAAAGAAAACACACUAAAAGCCACCAGUGGUGACUUUAAAAGGCAGUGGUGUGAAAAGCUGCCCCAGCAGAGGUGGGUAACCUCCGAGGGGACAGCCAUGCCCUGCUGGUGACAGUGUGACCACGGCUGACAGCCAAGGGCACAGCCAUGCUGCAGGACUGAGCUUUAACCUUUUGCACAAAUCAGGGAAAAGCUUUGAGCUCCUCCAUUCAGGAAGACCAAGGAAAUCCCUGUGAGGUGGUGCUGGCUGUGCUGGUGAUCCCAGGGCAGUUGGCAGCAGCAAUAUUUAUUUUGGAGAUGUCUCACAGCCCAGCAGGGAUCAGGGCCUGACCGUCGGGUUCUGCACGGAAAACUCAUUCUGGCACAGGGUGUCACAUCUGGGCAAAGCAGCCCGAAUUCCCCAGCCUGGUUUAGGACAGCUCGUGGUAUCCCUGCCCUCAAGGAAGAACACCGGUGCUCAGUGCAGCUUCCGUAAAAGGCAGUGAAAACCUGCUGCUGGUUCAAAGGGAACGCGGAUAACGAUGGAUGGUGUGAAACAGGGAAAUGUGGUGCGGUGUUUGGCAGGGCGAGAACUGCUCAGGCUGCCCAGACUGUGGGAUGUGUUUGGCUGUGGAUGGUUCUGCUGGAAGAAGAGCCCUCCACGGAGCAGAUAAUGAGGCUGCACAGCAGCUCUGCCACACCUGAGCUGUGCCUUGGAGACCACCUGGGAUUUCUCUGUGGCUUCACUGCACAGCCUCUGGACAUCUCAUCCGGAGCCUCACGAGCACUGGUGGCAUUGCUGUGGUUGUACAUCCCAGGAACAGCCCCUACAGCCCCAGCAGGACUGGGCCUCCCCUGUGAGCUCAGCCAGCAGUGCCCCUGUGUCCCAGCCUGCCCCACAGUCCUGGUUCGGGCUGUGCAGGUGAGAGAUGCAGCAGAGUGGGGGUUGAUGGGCGGGCAGGAGGCCUCAAAGGCUUCCCUGUUCCUUUCCUCUGCUGCUCCCACGGUGUAGAAACCUCACCCUGGUUUGCAGAGGGGCCAGGCUGGGCAGUGACAGUGACAACACAGCUCCUGCUUCCACCAGCUCGGAGCGACCCAGGGCUCAGGAUAGGCAUGAGGAGGACUCUGUCCUCAUCCCAGUUUGUGGCUGACUGGAAUAAUGGAUGAAAUAGGAUGCGUGUUAUGAACCUCCAGAAUGUGAUCUGUGUUUUCUGGAGUGUCUCCAGGGACACUUUCGGGGACAUCCCUUCUAUGACACUAGGAUUUCUGUACUGUCCUGGCUCCCAGGUAACUCGUUCCCUGGGCUGCCUUCACUCAGGAGUGAUUGUUGGCUCAUCAGCCCAAAGGAAGUGUCCUUUAGCAGCUAUUCCCAGUCACCUCUGGCUGACACUGGGGAAUCCCUGGAGAUGUGCCACAGGUGCUGCAGUGGCACUGGCAAAUCCUUCCUUAGCCCCAUGGCUGAGGACAAACCCUUCCCUCUGCCGUGUCUGUGCCAGGCCUGCCCAGCUCUGGGGAGCGGCACCUCUGGAAAAUCCCUUCUGUUUGUCCACCUGGAACAAAGAGCCCGCCCCAGUUAUCCCAGUCUGGGGUCCUGGAGCAGUUUCCCCUCAGCAGAGCUGCCCUGAGCUUGUGGCUUUUCUUGGCUGCUUGGGCCACCUCUGUUUCUAACACAUGCCCAAGGCUUUGGGGUUCAGCCCUCAGACUUCCCUGGUCUCAAUCUUUGUCAGCCAGCACAGGGCAGCCCUAUUCCUGCUCCUGGCACAGCAGGAAUUGUCCCUUCCUGUUCCCAAGUCAAAGGUUUAUUCAUUCCCACUCCAAAUGCCACCCAAAACAACCCCUGACCCACUCCUGGGGCACAGCAGCUCUAGAGCUGCCAGCAGGAUCUUCAGCAGUGUGAAAUCCUCCAGGUCUCAUGAAAUGUUUAACCCCAAAGCUGCACCAACACCUGGAAGACCACGCUGGGCACAACAUGGCCAUUUCCCAAGGAAUCCCCAUUGGAAUGCUGGCGGAUGCAGCCCCUCGCUCUCUGCAGAGCCAAGCACAGCCCUCAAGCCUUAAAAUCCCCCACAGGAGUCACAACUCUGCAAUAUCUCAGCAGCAGAAUUCGGUUCUCCAGUUUUCACCUCACGACCCAAACAUUGUGCUCCCCUGUGCCAGCCUGGGGCAGCAAACACUCUGUCCCUGAAGGGAGCUGAGGGGAGGCAGGAGGCUCACAGACGAGUCAGGAAUGCCCUGCACAAGCAGCUGUUGUUGUUGGGGUAAUGUGGGGCUUUAGGGGUGACCAGUGGCUCUGCACCCUCUGCCUCUUCAGGGCUUCACUGUGGGUUUUGUACACAAAAAGAAAAUGCUCAAAAAGCCAAGAGGCUUUGGGCUGGGCUGGAGUGUGGGCUGUGUGUCCAGAGUUUGUUCUGUACAGCUGUAAAUUAUGUAGAUGGAUGAUAAAUUAUUUGUAUAGGUGUCCUGGAUGAUCUGUACCACAGGGUGCAAUCCUUUUGAUGCCGAUUGAAAGGAAUUAAGACCAACCCAAGCUGAAACUGCCAGUUGGUUGUUGUUGUGUGUUUGCACGCGGCUGGGGAAGGACGCCCCACAGUUCCACCUGAACACGAGGUACGAUUUCUUCCCUGUGCAGUGACCGAGCCCUGAACAGACUGUCCAGAGAGGGUGUGGAGUUCCCCUCACUGGGGACAUUCCAGAACCAGUUGGACACAAUCCCGGGCCAUGUGGCUCCCGUCCGCGUCCCCCGCGCCCCGGCCGGCCGGGAUGAGGGCGAGCCCCGGGCUGGUCCCUCUGAGCCCACGGAACAGCAGCCGCCGCUCCCCGGCUUGCGCGGGGCACCUGGGCUGGGUGAUCGCUG